GUUCAUUUUUAUUGGCUUCGUGAAACUGAAUAGGUCUCCACUAACGGAUAUAUUUUAUCUUUUUAAAUUGACGGUUCAAAACGGCGACCAUUGAAUAAAAAGGGUUUAUAUAACAACUCCUGUAAUAUUUUUGUCGUGCACAGUUAAUCAAGCCUAAUUAACCUCGGGCCGAGUGCUCAUAAAACGUCACAAAAACAGUUGGAAUAACACGGCUCGACCAAUCAUACUAGUGGAAACAAAAUGUGCUUUGAACGCGCUCACAUAUGGCUGUAACGGUCCUAUAAAUAUCACGAGCGUUAUGUCCACCAUGGACAGUUCAAUUAUUACAGACUGUGAAGUAAAUCAGCGAGCAAUUUCAGCCAAUGAUAAAUCACAGCGCUAGAUGAAAACCUGAGAUAGCAAAAAUGGGGUUUCAGUUGAAAUGGGGUAUAGCCGGCGUGGGCAUGAUAGCUCACGAUUUCCUGACAGCGCUAGGCACACUUCCCCCCGAACAAAACAAAGUGGUAGCUAUAGCUGGCAAGGACUUGGAAAGAGUGCACAGAUUGGCGACGCUCCAUAAAAUCGGCACAUCAUACGAAGGCUACGAGUCACUGGCGCGUGACGACGCUAUAGACAUUGUAUUCGUGAGUGUACUUAACUUACAACACUAUGAAAUAAGUAAACUAAUGUUAGAACAUGGCAAACAUGUUCUAUGUGAAAAGCCGAUGGGCAUGACGAAUAAACAGAUGAAAUCAUUGGUGGAUCUUGCUCGGGAGCGGAGGCUGUUCCUCCUGGAGGGAAUGUGGUCCAGGUUCUUUCCAGCUUAUGACGCUUUGGACAGGCACAUAUCGUCUGGUGGCCUUGGUGACAUUUAUCACGUCAACGUACAGUUCGGGGUGGAAAUUAACGACAUUGAAAGAAACCUGAUGAAAGAUCUCGGCGGUGGAGCGGUGUUAGAUUUAGGCUUGUAUAUGCUUCAGCUAAUCCAGUUUAUAUACAAGGAGGCUCCUACAGAUAUCGUGUGUACCGGGCACUUGAGUAAAGCUGGCGUGGACGAGUCUAUUUCGUGUUCGCUGAAAUACAAAGAUGGCCGAACGGCGACCCUGUCAGCGCAUACCAGAUCCACGAUGCCUAAUAAAGCUGAAAUUGUUGGCACUAAAGGAAUUGUAGCUCUUGACUACUUUUGGUGCCCCACUGUGCUAAGGUUGUCAGGAGCAAACAUCACCGAGUGGACACUCCCUAAGGGCAAGUUUAAGUUCCACUUUCACAACAGCGCCGGCCUAAGUUACCAGAUCCAGGAAUGUUGGGAUUGCAUUAGUAAAGGUUUGACGGAGAGUUCAAAAAUGACUUUAGAUGAAAGUGUACUUAUAUCGAAACUAACGGACACAAUGAGAGCGCAACUAGGAGUUUUAGAGAAUGGACUUUAAUUUAUUAAUAACAUAUUUAUAUUAAAAUAAUUAUUGCCAGUAUAGUAUAGUUGAACCGAGUAUUAUAGACUAUGAUGCCUUCGCUUUAAUAUAUUUAUACAACCUGUAAAUUGAUCUGUCAACAGCUAGAUAAUAUUUACAUACAUACAUACCAUCACGCCUGUUUCCCAUUGGAGUAGGCAGAGACUAUGGAUUUCCACUUGCUACGAUCCUUACAGACCUCUCCCGCUUCUUCCACACUUAAAGAGUAGAGCUUUUCAUGCAUAUUCGAAAAUUACGGGUACCCCUAACAUCUACAUUUUUCAUGACAUUAGAAAUUUGGUCCUUCAAAGUUCGACGUGGCCGGCCCAGUCCCACUUUUACAAUCAGCUCUGCCUUAUAAAUUCCUUUCGUUAGUCUGUCUUCAUCCAUUCUCUCGACCUAUAUUUACCUCUGUUGUAAGUUAUGACAAUAAAAAAUUUUAACGAAAAAAAAGAAAGAAGUCUUACAAAUAUUUAACUUUAACCGUUAAUUAUCAUAAAAUCGUCAAAACACAGCAAAACCUAAGGCUAAACCAUUUCUUUUUGUUUCAAUAAUUCAUUGACUUUUUAAAGCAUCGAAUUUGGUAUUAAUAUUGACAGAAUUGAAUUGUAAAUGCACAAAACGACAACAUAAUUUUAAUACUUAGAAAUAUUAAAUUUUUGUGUAUAUUAGUUAUGAUACUUUUCAACUUAGACGUUAUACAUUUCUCAUCUAUCAAUCAUUUUCUUUGUAAGGUAAAUAGCCUAAUGACUAACAGACUUUGGUCACAUCAAUUUUAGACCGUACAAAAUAUGGAAUGUUAUCGUUUUUACUUUAACCUGAGCUAUUGACACAUCAUUUAACAGGCGAAAUUUGUGCCAGUAAAAUUAACGGGAACAAAUGACCUUGAGAUUGUGAUAGUAAUUUAAAAAGUAUCAAACUGUUCUUAAGAUAAAAAGUAGACACUACACACAACGCGAGCAGUAUUUACCUCAGAACUGUGAUGUCAUUGUGUGUUGUGAGACGGUUGUUAUAAUUAUGAUCAAAUAAUAAACGUUAUUGCACAAA